GGAAUGUCAGUGAUUGGGCCUUUAGCCGAGUGGUUCAGUAGUCCCAGCCCAUUGGCAGCAUGGAGGAGAUGAGGGUGUCUGAUGUGGAGGUGUGUAACCUUGCUUACAGGGGAGAAUUGGAGGAGCUGAAAAGUCGCAUUCUAGCCAACAAGUCGCUAGCAACAAAGACAGAUCAGGAUGACAGGACUGCUCUGCACUGGGCAUGUUCAGCGGGGCGCACAGAGGUUGCAGAAUACUUACUGAGAUUAGGUGUGCCUGUAGAUGCCAAAGAUGAUGCAGGAUGGACUCCAUUGCACAUUGCAGCUUCCGCUGGUCGUGAUGAUAUUGUGAGAUCACUCAUCGGAAAAGGGGCCCAGGUGAAUGCAGCAAACCAAAUUGGCUGUACCCCAUUACACUAUGCAGCAUCCAAAAACAAACAUGAGAUUGCUUUAAUGCUUCUGGAAAAUGGAGCCUCUCCUGAUGCAAAGGACAAUUUGGAGUCAACUCCGCUGCACCGAGCAGCUUCCAAAGGCAACUUAAGAAUCGUUCAGAUCCUUCUAAAGCACCAAGCGUCAACUAAUUUUCAGGAUACGGAAGGAAACACACCGCUUCACCUGGCCUGCGAUGAGGAGAGAGUAGAAGAAGCCAAGUGUUUGGUUGAACAUGGUGCAAGUAUUUAUAUUGAAAACAAAGAAGACAAAACGCCGUUACAAGUUGCAAGGGGGGGAUUAGGGUCUUUGUUGAGAAGAAUUGUAGAAGGGUAGUAUCUUUUCUUCCGUAUGUUGUUGUACAUCUGCAGUCUUGCUUUCUCCCAGUCCAUGUAGCACCCAUUAUGCCUUGUGGAAGUGGUGAACUUUGGUUUAACCAAUGUAACCAAAAGCAAAGUUUACAAAAGUCAGACCAUGGUUGCAAAGGUUCAUUUUAAGAGUUAAAGGUUCUCAUAUAAAGUGUAAUUUCCAAAGCAUGGUUUCUCAAAUGUGUUAAGCAGCAGUUUGUGGAACCCAAACAAAUGAUCCAAAAUGAGCCAAGAAAUGCACUACUUUACUUUACAUCCUGUUAUUAAAGGGCUAAAAGCUGUUUAUUUCAUUAAAAGUCUAUGGACUAUAUUCUCCCCA